AUAUCCAACCUUAAUUCUCAUCUCUCUCUCUCACUACUUCACUCUGUUUCAGUGUUUCUCUCCCAGCAAUUUCUAAUCAAACCGUGAUUUCUGUUACUUUGGCGUGUGCAUUGUCUCUUCUCUCUUCGCAACUAGCACUAGUGCACACGGUUUUGUUGGACUCACCCACCAGCACAAACCCUUUUGCAGCCACACAUAGAGGGUCAAAGGCAAAGCUUUCUUUUUAUCUUUCUUUUCUUUCCAAAGCUAAAAAAGAAAAAGAGAAUUUUUUUUUUCACCCCAUUAUAGAAAGCACUAAUUUUUACAAAGAAUUGGGGUUGAAUUUCUGGAAGAAGAUGGGUGCAGGCGAUUACUACAAGAUCCUCAAGGUGAAUCGUAAUGCCACGGAUGAGGAAUUGAAGAAGGCAUAUAAGAGGUUGGCCAUGAAGUGGCACCCAGAUAAGAACCAUCAACAACACCCAGUUAAGAAAGAAGAAGCUGAGGCCAAGUUCAAACAGAUUUCAGAGGCUUAUGAUGUCCUCAGCGACCCCAAGAAGCGCCAGAUCUAUGAUUUCUAUGGCCACUACCCCCUUAACUCUAUGAAGGUGAAGAAGGAAAAUAGUGAUGGGGAUGUUAGUAUUCUCAAGGAUGAGAAAUUAGGGGUGGUUGAGAGCAAAUUGGUGUGUACCCUUGAGGAACUUUACAAAGGAUGCAGAAGGAAGUUGAAGAUCUCAAGGGCUGUUCCUGAUGAAUUUGGCAAGUUGAAGUCUGUGGAUGAAAUACUGAAGGUAGAUAUCGAACCUGGAUGGAAGAAGGGCACAAAAAUAACUUUUCCCGGGAAAGGCAACCAAGAAGCAGGAACUAGUCCUUCUGAUCUGAUCUUUGUGGUGGAUGAGAAACCACAUGCUUUUUUCAAAAGGGAUGGAAAUGAUUUGGUAGUCACUCAGAAAAUCUUACUUCAAGAGGCUCUCAUAGGAAAGACUCUCCACUUGACAACCUUGGAUGGAAGAGACCUCACAAUUCAAGUGACAGAUGUUGUGAAACCUGGCUAUGUGUUGGCGGUACCAAAUGAAGGAAUGCCCAUUUCAAAGGAACCUGGCAAGAAAGGAAACUUAAGAAUCAAGUUUGAUGUCAUGUUCCCAUCAAGGCUUACCACACAACAGAAGUAUGAGCUGAAAAGGAUUCUGAGCAAUUCUGAUAUCUAAUUCAAUCUUUUAGUCUAAUGGCUAUCUUUCCAUUAACACUGGCUGACAUGAGAGGUCAGAUUAAAAUGUAAAUAUUUAAUUUCACUUUUAGAUAUGGAAUUUGUGCAUAAUACAAAUAAAGCAAGCAUAUAGCUACCAUAUUUGCGGUGUGGUGUAGCUUUGGAAACAAGUAUUUUCAACUGCAAAAAGGGUCUUGGAUCUUGUUUUAUCAAUGUUAUAAUACAUUGUUAAUAUUUGUA